AUGGCAUCCAGUUACGAGCCCAGCGACGAAGAUAUCCAAGGCUUCGUCGCUGUCACUAGUGCUCACCCCAGCAGAGCCAUACAAUAUCUAAAGGCUCACAACAAAGAUCUCGCAAGGGCCAUCAAUGCCUACUUUGACGACCCUAGUGCUGUUUUUGAUCAGUUCGACCCAGGGGCGUCUCAGAAUAUGAAUUUUGACGAGCCGGAAGAUGAGGAGUUGAACCGGGCAAUGGCGAUAUCGAUGAGCGAGAGUCAAACUCUUCCUGGCCAAGAGACAGGGACGAUUGAUUAUGGCAAGCAGACGUUUGGUCCUGCCAAUCGAGAACACUACGAGGCUGAUAAGUGGGCGAUGACCUACCCUGCAGCUCAAACUCAAGAGAUACUGCUCAAUCCCGAGCCUCAUGACCGUAAGCGGCAGCCAAACACCCCAGCCUUCUUCAAGACACCUUCGACGGGUCACCGUCUAUCAGCUCUCAUCAAGAUACUUCACACAAUACCAAUUGCAAGAGAGGCUCUGCUCAACAGAACUCGGACGCUGCAGGACUACGGUCACGAGAAAGAUUGGUGGGAUGGGACUCCGGUGAAAGUGCUGAGGAUCGUCAAUAUGGAUGGUGAUGGGGGAAAUACCAACGAGGAUGACGUUAUCCAUGAAGCCCAACGCCUCAUGGCUUUCCUUGACAAAACCGAUAGAGCUUAUGGCAGCACCAACGCCUUGGCAGGGUUGGAAAGUGUCGGGCUGCAAGACGAUGGGAAGGCCUCGAAUUUUAUGAGCAUAUGGCAAGCGGCCACAGCUCGCUCUGGAUCACCGUUGGCCAAUAUUUUUGAGUCUGUUGGGACCAAGCUGGAUCCCAACAAUCCAGAAGAUGCGCGCUCAGAGCAUGUCCCUUAUCUUACUGUCAGCGUCGAUAAUGAGACCUCAGGCAAGGGGCUGACGCUGUAUGAGGCUUUGGACCACAUAUUGUGGGUAGACGCUAGAGAAGACCACGAGGUCUAUCUUGAGAAAGUUGGAGAAGUUUUUAUACUGGAGAUUAACAAUCAGGUCGAGAAUGUUUCUGGACUCGGCAUUGAGAUCCCACCCAUCUGGUAUGCUGAUCGGUACCUGCCGUUACACACACAACAAGCGAAAGAUAUGCUGGCUCGUAAGGCUGCCGUGACGACCCAACUCCAGAACGAGGAGAAGCUCCAAACGGGAAUCUCAAGAUUCCAAAAGCCCGGGAGUGGCGCACAAAUGGACGUUGCCAAACUACUUGCAAAAGCAGCUGCAUAUUUCGAGCGGAAGAAGGCGUACCAAGAUGCCGCCAAGGAACCAUCGUUGACACAGCAGCGUUCUCAAGAAGGUCUUGAGCAGAGCCAGGCUCAUACUGACCCAGUAUCCAAAGAGCUCAAGGCGUUGACGGCUCGUAUAUCGGACAGGUUGAAGACUUACGAAGAAGGCCGAGAUCGUGCUCAAGAAAAGCUGAAAGAGAUUUCGCAACUGUACACGAUGGCCUCCAAUGAUCCAAAGCAGCCUCCUCAUGAGAAGUACACACUUCGAGGAGUCUCGACAGGUGCAAACAUAGUUUACGUUCUCGAAAGGACGAGGCCAGAUGAAGAAGAUGAUAUGCUCAGCACAGAAGCCAAAGACUGGCAGUGGUGGAAGAUUCAGUAUUUGAGCACGGAGACGAAGCCAGUGAAGGUGACCGAAGCCAAUGUUCUUAAGGCUGCGAGUACCGACUCCCAGAGUGCUCUCUUAGUGUACGCCAAUGACAAGGCAAUCUCUUAUGAUUCUGGGGAUCUGCCGUCCCCGCUCUAUAACUUCGUCCGGGCAGACAAUCUCAGCUUCAGCGCCGAGCUGGAUGGGUUGGAUCCACCGGCGCCUGCCACGCCAACAAAAAGAAAGGCCGACGAUGGUGAACUUGACAUGAACAAUCAUCGAUCUCCUCCGUAUGAUAGGACCUACGAUGCGAUCUCGAAUGACAACCCUGAUCCCAAUCCACCUGGCUAUGAUAGUAGUCCGUCCCCUCCACAUAUGCCUAUCUACCCACGCAUCAGUCCUCGCAAAUCUGGCGUGACUGGAAGUUAUGAUGAUGUGAUUCCAACAAGUCUCAGAGCCACUGGACCAACGAUCGACCCUACCUCUAUGGCGCUUGACCCGGAUGGGACAAAUGACUACGGCCAAGAGAUGAAAGAACGCGGAGGCCAGAACGGCCUACUACACCGGCAAAAGAAGGUCAAAGAAAAGCAAGAAUACUCGCUUGGGAGCUAUAUACCCGAGAUUACUAUGGAGGACGACGAAGAAGAUGAAGAUCAGAGAGGCGGUAGGGACAGAUAA